CGAGUCAGUCGUUCGCGAAGCGCCGAUACGUUUGGAUCGAUCGAUCCGAACAACGCAUCUCAGUCUAUCUAUCGCAAACAGAUCAUCUGCAAUCUCGGUGCAACGCAAUCGUACACAAAGAAUAUGCUUUCAUAAUCGAAGUGACGAAGUGGGGAAUCCUUAAGACCGUUGGAUCCUUCGAGAAUUUAAAUUUGAAGAUAAAAUGGCUCCAGUGUGGAUACUUAUAAAUUUUAAUAAUGUCGCAACGUUGAAGUGCACUUUAAUGAAAAUUUAAACUGAUAAGGAAGCAACGAACUUGGAAAUUCUAUUUCAAAGGAUUUAAAAUUAAAAAUUGGAGAUAAAGCACCUCGAGCGUGGACAUUUAUAAAUUUUAAUAAUUAGACUAACAGAUCCUUCGAGUGCUUAAACUAAAAUAAAAUUACCGCAGUGUGUCAAAGUGUAUUUCGAGACGAAAUCAAUCAAGAGAAACAAUUAAAUUUAUAUUCUGAUAUUUCUGUUGGUGUCGAUCAAGUAAAAAAGAUCCUGAACUUAAUUCCAUCGAAAGUGUUUUGGGCAUCGAGGUGAAAAGCGAUUGGAUCUCCGUGGGGGUUGCGAUGGACACCAUAAGGUCCUCCAUGCACGCGACCUGCGGGAGGGUCGUUUCGCUCUGCUGAAUAGCGAAACCACCCUGGUGUGUCCUCACAUUAUUCCACGGCUCAUCCUCGUCGUUACCGUUCGAAGAGCUCCGAAGGGGACUUUUAAAAACUCGUCCAACGGUGUCUUCGCCUUUAACGACCUCUCGUAAGUCCUAAUCGUGACUGUGAAAGUGAUCGUAAAAAUGAGUGCGUUCAAGAGACACCAGAGCAAAGUGUUCUGGGACCACAUGGCUUCCGAGGAUUUGGGUACUGUGGAUCCUUUCGCUGCUAGGAACGAACUAGCGAAGGACAAGAAUUUUCGAAGGGAGUUCGCGAUCCUCGAGGAGGAAGCUGAGGAAAUAUCGUCCAGUAUCGAUGAGAGUGACACGAUCGACGGUGAAAAUAUCACUGCGAUACACAUUUGUCAUGCGGAGGACGAGAAUCGACAGUUUUCCGUGGCGUCGAUCUGCGAGGGAAACGUAAUGACUCAGACAGCCACGAUGGACAUAAAAGAAGACGAGGAUAAGGAGGAAGACGACAAUAACAUCGGUUCGGAGAACAACAUGGUGAACAGAUCUUGCAGCCCAAUGAGCCACGACCUCAGGAGUCUCGAUUCUGGUUUCUCUGAUUCCGAGCGAUCGAAUUGCUCGGAAUUUUACGAGAACGAAACGCCAAGGCGUCAUAGAAGACGGAGAAGGUUCAAGGAUCGACGUCACGGUGUUCAUUCGAGACUUGGUUCUGUCUGGUUGGAAGACGAAACUCUUCCAAAUCCCACAUUUACGUCGACGCCAAAGGGUUCCAGAAUUUUGCCUAAAAAUGCCUGUGGUACACAGAGGAGUACAGCAAGAAUGCAAAGAACCGAAGACGACCAGGUAGAUGCAACAGUAAUUUCACCACCUGUUUCGAUAGAGGAUGAAUGCUUGGGCGAUUUCUUAUACGCUGCUGAACCGCCCGAGGAUGAGGCAGAGCCAAGAACCGCGAACUCCUCGAUAACGACCAACGUCUCCGAGACAGAGCUGUUCUCCAAGUCUCUGCAGCACUCCAGAACGUACAGACAAUCGUCUUCGGUUAGGGCAUGGCUCGGUGAUCUAGCAAUAGACGCUGAGAACGAGUGCACGAAUACUCUUCAGAGCAAACCUCUGCCACGAAGGAAGAUCCGCGAUUUCUUCUCUGAAAAGGACGAAAUGAAGGAUUUGAAGACACUGUCCUCCUUGGCCACCGCUGCAGCGAAUAAACUGCUCAUACGAGCGGAUCAGUUUGAUCGGAAUUAUCAAUACAUAUUCGAUAAAGUGGCGCAUCUAGAGGGCGGCAGAUCCGAGAAGGACCUUUUACGUGCCAUCGAGGAUGAUGCUUUCUCUGUCCUUUCAGAGCUAGGUGCUCCGCCUCCGCGUAGAAUUCAGCAAAGCAGCUUGAAAGGAAUUUUGGCGCAGCUCGAAAGCAUGAAAAACUACGUCGACGGCGCCGUGAAUACUCGUCUGGACUUUUAUAUUGAAAAAGUGGUCAGAGGACUGGAAGAAUCACCAAAGGAUGACACGACGGUAGCCAGAGGUGCUCUGGCAGCUUUGACCGCUCUAGGGUUAGCAGGACCACGAGCAGGAAGCAGUGUCACCAGAUGUUCUGGUAUCAGAGCGCUCCUUACGUCUCUGAUAACCGCAGGAAGAACGUCGAAAGACUUCGUCGCAGCUUCGUUGCGUGCCUUGGCGAGCGUGUGUUGUUCGUCCAUAGCGAUAGAUCAAUUCGUCAAAGACGGUGGUCCAGAGAUAUUAACGGACUUACUGGUCGCGGAAAAUUCAACAGAGAAGGAGAAAAUGGAAGCAACAGCGUUGGUUGUUCAGAUAACAGCGCCGUGGGUCAACGCUUUGGGGCUACCAUACUUGGAACCUUUCGUAAAGGAUCUAAUACCGCCCUUAAAUCGUCUAGUCGAGAGUACCACUUGCGGACAGACUUUGUUAUUGGUUGCAGCUGCAUUCAACCACUUGUCCAAAUCCAAAGUAUGCGCGUCCGUGAUAUUGGAGCACGACACCGUGAAGAAGUUGUUGAAAAGCGUGAAGAAGUCGGCUGGCAGGAAUGUUUGGCUGAUGGAGCAGGUGGCUGCCCUCGUCAGCGAAUUGGCACGCAUCCCUGAAGCUAGAAAGCACUUGGCAGAGGCUCGUGCCUCCGUUGCGCUGGUCUCUUUCCUCAGAAUGAGACCUCCUGGUCUAGAGGAAGCUUAUAAACGUUUAGAAAUUACAGCCGCGGCAGCGCUCACCAGGCUCUGCGUAGAUCCAGAAAUUGCAAGGCAGGUUGUCGCAAUUGGUGGGGCUGAUUGUCUUCCAUCGUGUAAAGUCGAUGAUCUUCUGACGGAAGACGAAGAGCAGAUCGAGGCUGGGUUGUUGAGGUAUACCAAGUCCUUGAGAAGAGCGUGUAAAAGAGCGGCGAAAGAAAUUGACAUUGCUAAAGCCAGCGACUAUAGCACCUUGAGCUAAGGCCAAAGUGUUUUGAAGUUGUAUAUAUGUGACACAUAAUAUCUUGCACUAGACUUCUUUUUUAAACUAUUACAGUUUCUCUUGUGGAUUCCCCCAGUACUUUCGCUUAAAUGAAUAGCCAUCUAGCGGUGAACAUACCGAACUACCGUCCGGAGUUUGGUCAGCGCCUCUAUCGGGAAAACGCUCAAGUUUGUCGUCAAAUAGUUCCUAUUUGUACAGCUAGAUGGUGCUAUUAAUAUCUUUUUACCGACAUAAGGUAUACAUUCAUAAUAUUUACGAAUUCAAUUUUAUUACUUUUAUAAUAAUAAACUUGUAGUUAUAUCACAGACAUUGCAACAAUAAAAAUUACCUAGGAAAA